CAAACCAUAGAGUAGUAAAUAAAAAACAAUGUCCAUAAAAAUGUUGAAACUGUUUAUAAUUUUAAUGACCUUAAGCACCGUAAACUGUCAAUCUGGAUUAAUGACUGGUCGUCAAGAUAGUGUGAUUAAUUUAAUAUCACUAGCCGGGUACGAAAAUGAGCUGCAUAAAGUGGAGACUGAGGAUGGAUAUUUACUGAAAUUGCAUCGAAUCUUCCCAAAACAGAAUCGACCUAGAAGAGGUCCAGUUUUAUUAAUUCAUGGAUUCUUGGGUACAUCUGCAGACUUUGUAAUUACCGGACCAAACAUUGCACUAGCUUAUCAACUAGCAAAUCAGGGUUAUCAUGUGUUUCUUGGAAAUGUCCGUGGAAGUAAAUUCUCAAUGAAGCACAAAAUCCUCGAUCCACUUUCGCGUGAAUUUUGGCGCUUUAGCUUCGAUGAAAUUGGACAACAGGACUUACCAGCCUUCAUCAAUUACAUUCUCUUUUUGACAGAGAAGCCAGCUGUAUUUUACGUAGGACAUAAUCAAGGAGCAACAGCACUCUUGACUUUGCUAUCAAUGCGACCGAGUUAUAAUAAAAAAAUUAUUCAAGCUCAUUUUCUUGCUCCAAUUGCUUUUAUGGAUUAUCCACAUCCGAUUCUAUCGUUUGGUGCCAAUGAGUACAUUGAGUCGAGUAAAAUCUUACGGAACUACAAUUUUUUCUCGAUGAUUGAUUUUACUAAGCUUGUUGUUGAUAAUUAUUGUGCAAGUACAAUUCCAGGUGGAUUGAAGUAUUGCAUUAAAUUGUGGGAAUUUCUGUUCGGAAGGAACCGAGAGGAAACAGAAAUUGAUCCAAAAGUUCUCCUUGAUGUUCCCAAUUUUGUGUCACCGACUGCGAGUGUUCGACAAUUUUUACAUUUUCUGCAGAUUUAUCAGUCGGGGAAGUUUCAAAGUUAUCAGGGACGGAAUAAAGCUAGGGAAUAUGUGCUUACAAAUGUUCAAGUUCCUGUUUAUAUUUAUCAUGCACAAGAGGAUUUAAUGGUUUCUCGAUUGGACGUAGAACGAUUGAGAAACGUUUUGGCACCAGUGGUAAAAUUCUACAGACUUAUUCCAAACUUCAAUCAUUAUGAUCUGUUGUUAAGUAGAAAUGGAAAGGAAGUGUUGUACAAUGAAAUUAGCAGAGCAAUGACUAAUGAUGGACUUGAUUUUGUUGGAUAUGUGUCAAAUCUUUUUGGUGGAUAAGAAGGAAUUUCAUUUAAGUUUCUAGAAUUGGGAUCAAGGCGUGGAAACUAUCCCAAAUAUCAUAUUUAUCCCACAUAUCCAAAAAAUAUUCAAAAAAUUCCUGAGCAUGUAUGCACGAUAAUAAAGAUAUCCCAACGUAUCCUACGUGUAAUUUCAGGAUAUAAUGGGAUAUCUCAAUUCUAAUGCAUACAGGCUCAGGGAUUAUUUUGAAUAUUUUUGGGAUAUAUGGGAUAAAUGGGAUAGGUUCCACG